AUGGCUUCGAGAUCUCCAACCAUCGCAAACCUCCUCAACCCCUCCAAUCCUCCUCCAAACCCUCCUCCUACUCCUCCAAAGAAGCAACCACCACCAAACCGGCGGCUGCCAAAAGCUCCCAAAGCAGAAGGACCCGUCCACCCCAUCCGCAUCGAUAUCACCGUGGAGGGGUACGACGAACCUGAGAUGCACGUUUGAAUGGAGGUAAACUCCAUUCUACAUGGACAGCCACCGGUGCUGCAGCAUCGUGUAAUGGAAAGGGUGCGAUUUCGGGUACGGAAGCUUAUGAGCCGGUUGGGAACGAGACUCACUGUUACGUGA